AUGUCCGAAGACAGCGCCGACCUGGUCUCGUCGCCAUCCUCGCUCCACCAUGCCUUCCCCUUCCCCUCGUCCUAUCAGCGACGGCCUUCGCGCCGCUUGUCCAAUGACAGCACUCUGUCUGUCACCUCUAUAGGCGGCGCCCUGGAUAUCAAUUCACCCAGACCCAACAAGUCGCUCAGGGAAGCUGGCCAAAAUGCAAUCUCGACCCUCCUGCAACCUCCCAUCGUCCGCACCGGCCUCCUGACUGCCACCGCCUCGACUUCCUCGACCUACCGAGCUCCCACCACACGCGACAUCCCUCCCGUCACCCUGACCAACAUCCCCAAGGCCGAUCCCGACUCCUUCAAACACUACAUCUCUCGUGUCGGCCCUCUGUUUGACAAUCUCUCCCGCCUGCGUCAAGACCCCCAACCAAAGCCCCAGAGCCAUGCCCCGACCAGCCCUGUCCUCAGUCGCCAUAAUUCCGCUACUUCCCUACUCUCCCCCACCGACUCUCCUCAACCCAGACGUCGCUCCAGCGCUUAUGCCCGCCGAAGGCUGAACGAGCCCACCCCUUUGUCCACCAUCCCAAAUGUUUACUUUGACGACAACUUUCAACUCGAGAAUCCCAGGACCUUCGAUGUCGUCAGUGAGCGCGCCGAAAUUGCUCCCGGUACCGCCAAACAAGAACAGUCGGCCAAUGGCGCUCCUCUUCCUCCGCGCAAGACCUUGGCCAGCAAUGCCAUCCUACAGGAGAAAUUGUCCUGGUACAUGGAUACAGUCGAGCUUCACCUCAUCCAAUCCAUCUCUUCCGCCUCGACCUCCUUCUUCGCCGCUCUGGGCUCUCUGCGCCAUCUGGAACAAGAAGCCUCGGACUCUGUUAGCAGAAUUCAGAAGUUGAGAGCUGAUUUGGCCAAGCUGGACCAAGACAUGGCAAUGGGUGGGUUGGAGGUCGCCAAUCUGCGUACGCGAUACCAGAAUAUGCAGAAACUUGCAAACGCCGUGGACCAGGUCGCCCGCGUGGUCCAGGACACGAAGAAUUGCGAAGAGUUGGUAGAGAAAGGAGAGUACGACGCUGCUGCCGGCGCAAUGUUACGCCUCGACCGCUUAGUCGCCGGACAACCCGAUCCGUCAGAACCGUCGUCUGCAGACCUACACGAUUUGCGCUCUCUUCACGCCCUGCAAGGCCUGUCCGACUCUAUGAACCAGCUACGCUUCCGCAUUGGCAGAGGCUUCGAAUCUCGUUUCCUCGAAACAUUGCUGUCCGAUUUACGAAGGCAUAUUGACCAUGUCCCGCCGAAAGACACCCUGCGGCGCUGGGCGAGUACGUCAAUGCGCUUACGAGGCCUGCAGACGGGUCCGACAGCUUACAUGGAGAUUGAUGAUCAGUUCCGGAAAGACUUGCUCGCUUCGUUACAUGGUCUGAGUAAUUCAAGUCAAACCGCACAGGCGACAGCAGAUUUCAGAGAGGCUGUCAUGAGGGAAAUGAAGCACCUUAUACGCAAACAUCUUCCCAGCUCCAACGACGAUGACAAUGAGUCUGUCACAUCGGUUGCUACACGCACCAGUAAGGCUGCGAGUCAACAAGAAAAGUCCAUCACUCUGGCCCGGAACUUACGUGCCAUGGACGAAGAAACCGCCGAAGACAUGGUGGUCAACAUCUACACUGAUAUCAGUGAAGCUCUGCGACGCCUAAGCAUCCAGAUUAAGGUAUUACUCGAUGUCACUAGUACUAUGGAUGCUCCAGAUUCGCUUAAAUCACCAAUGAGCCCGACAUCGAGGCCAGCCGACCGGUCCAAAAGUCCGGCGCCAAGGAUAAGCGGAAUACAGGAAGAAUUGAGCCAGGCGUUGGACAUGUCAAGUCUGCUGGGCCAGGCAGUGGAUGUGGCACAUACCCAGAUCACACGCAUCCUCAAAGUUCGCACCGAGCAGGUUAACCAUUUACCGUUGGAACGAUUCCUCCGAUACUUUACGAUCAAUCGCUUAUUUGCAGACGAAUGCGAAGCUAUCUCUGGUCGAUCUGGUACACAGCUGAAAGCUCUGGUCAACACACAGAUCAACACAUUUGUGCGAGCUUUUGGCGACGCUGAAAACCAGCGUGUUGCCCAGACCCUGGACUCUGAUCAAUGGGAAGCUAAGGACUUCAAGGAGACAGAUCAGGCGUUGCUCUCGCGCAUCCUGGAAGGUAUGUCCUCGGAUCCAGCCAUAUGGCUGCAAGGCACGCGCGUGUGGGAAGAUCCAUCGCAGCCAGCGUCCACUAAUGGUACCGCAUCGAAUGGGGAGACCAACGACGCCAAAACUGCCAACCGUCCUGCAUACAUUGACGAGACGCGCUACAUCCUGGUCUCUUCGGCAAUCUCUCUUCUUCGACCUAUAGACGACUUCCUUGCAUUGAUGACCAGCAUACCGUCAAUAACUUCCGCCGCUGUACCAGCCUUGAUAGACGUCCUCCGUACCUUUAAUUCUCGUACAUCACAGCUAAUCCUCGGCGCUGGCGCCACACGAAUUGCGGGUCUGAAAAACAUUACGACCAAACAUCUAGCUCUUGCUUCGCAAGCUCUUAGCUUCGUCAUUGCAAUGUCGCCCUACCUCCGUGAAGCCGUGCGCCGGCACGCAAGUUCAGCUAACAAAGCUGAAGUGCUCGGGGAGUUUGACAAGUUAAAAAGACUAUAUCAAGAUCAUCAGAUGGCGAUCCAUGACAAACUCGUUGAGAUCAUGACGGCUAGGGCAACAUCACAUGUCAACUCGAUGAAGAAACUCGACUUUGAUGCCGAAGCGAAGAGGAACGCUGAUGGUGCGAGUGCGUACAUGGAGACAUUGACAAAGGAAACCGGCACCUUGCACCGUGUGCUGAGCAGGCACUUGGCAGAAAUGGAUGUGACAGUCAUCCUGAGCCAGAUCUUUGCUAGCUACAAGGAGCAAUGGCUCAAGGCCUUCCAAGGUGUGGAGAUCAAGACACCAGCAGGCCAACAAAGGCUUCUCAAAGAUGCACAGCUGUUCGACUCAAAACUCAGCAAGAUCGAUGGAUUUGGAGACAUGGGCAAGACACUUGUAGACGUUGUUGGCGCCAAGACAGUCGUCCAGGAGAAACAAGAUCCAAAGGAUGUCGCAGGUGAGAAGCCAUUACCUGCAGCACCUGGAACCGAAAAACCAGACAGUCAGGAAAGCAAGAAGAUCAUGACCGAGGAUCAGGAACAGGAAGAGGUGAAAAAGUAG